AUGGCCGGCGAGCCCGCCGAGGACGACGGCACCUCCUGCUCCCGGUGGAGCUGCGACUUCGCCGUCGCGCACGCCAUCUUCGGCACCGGGUUCAUCACCGCGCCGGUGGCCGUCCUCCACCUCCUCAGGCGCCCGCACUCGGGCGCCGCCACCUUCUUCGCGGCGUUCGCCGUCUUCUUCGCCACCAUCAGCCUCGUUCUCUGCUGCCGGUUCUACGCGGAGCUCAAGCGCCCGCCCUGCCCGCGCUGGCUCUCCGCGGCACCAGAGUCGUCGUCCCGCGGCAGCGGCGAUUAUGAAGCGGCGACGGGGGCGGUGCUGUCACACGACCACCUCCGAGAACCGGUGAUGAUGGUCCGCGUUGAGACGCAGGCCGCCCUCGCCGGUGACCGCAUCCCGAGCUACGAGCACUGUGACGGCGCCGCGGACUGCGCGGUGUGCCUGGGCGAGGUGGAGAAGGGGGAGGCCGUGCGGCGGCUGCCGGCGUGCAAGCACGUGUUCCACACGGAGUGCAUCGGCAUGUGGCUGCGCACGCACGCGACUUGCCCGGUUUGCCGGCGCGGCGUGGUGCUGGCGCUCGAACGGCCGCCGGAGGUGGUCGUGGACAUCGGAGCCGUUCAGGCACAGCCCGGACCGACAUGA